GACCCCCAAAGGAGGCAUCAGAUUCUUGGUGGACAGCUCUCAUAUCCCCUCCUGGGAACACAAUGAAAAAGGUCUUUGGAAAGAUAGCUUUAUGAGGCCAGAGGAACUUUAUGCACCAGCAAGACAUGUCGGGAAGCUCCUCAGGUCGAAACACAAGCAGUCAGAUUUGUGCAUCUGAUUCAUCGUACUGCUCCGAUCUGAGUGAGUCACACACUUGGUCAGCUCUGUCGAGGAAAAGAAGGUUUCAUCCACAUUCGGAUUCUGGAAUAGCAUCCCUGCUUCCAUCAGACUCUUUUAAGUUCCUCACUUGGCACAAUGUAGAACAACAUGACAUUCGAGGAAGUCAGCUGCGUUGCCCAAGAGUAAGAGAAGGACCCUCCACAGAAGAGUUGCUCUUCAGACAGGAGGAGUGUGCCAUGCCUGCUCGGAAAAGAGGCCUGGAAAAAAGCAAAUGGGAAACGUGGCUACAAGAAAACUGGGAGCAGUGCAUGAACUUGAACCUUUCAUUUCAGGAUUUGGGGGACCCUUAUCAAGUUGCAAAUUUUAACAGGAUUCUCCGAAGACUAAUUCGAGUUGAAAACCUCUGGUUAGUGGAUAAUUCACUGGUGGACUUAAGUGCCAUAAGAUUGCCAAGAUGCAGAGUUUUAAAUAUGAACCAAAACCAUCUCACAUCUUUCAAACAAUUGCCAAAGAUACCCCAGAUACGGCAUUUAUCCUUGGCUGAAAACCACAUUGAGUCUCUGACUGGGCUCUCCAGUUUGCAGUGCACUCCAUUAGAAUCCCUUGUGCUCAAGAGGAACCCUUGUGAGUUUCACCAAAAUUACCGGAAACGAGUAUUCUCCUGUUUGCCAAACUUGAAAAUGCUCGAUGGAAUCCUGAAGCUACCAGAAGAUUCUUCACCACCAGAAAGCAAUGUUUUUUCAAAACUAUGUAUUACAUCUUAAUGCAAUCUGUAGAGAAAGAAAUCACUACUGUCUAUAAAAGCUAAUAAAUAUAGGAGAUGCAUAACUAAA